GACACACAUCCCAGAGCCCUGCAGUCCAGGCUUCUACAACCCUAAUUAUGGUGAAAAGAAUGCACUUGCAUGUUUAGAAUGCCCAGGUGGUCACUACUGCCCAGGCAAUGGCACAUUUGUCCCUCUAGCAUGUGGAAAGGGCAUGUUCUCUGAAGUAGGAUCCAUAAACUGCACCCUGUGCCUGGCUGGUCACUACUGUGACAGUACCACCACUAGUGCCACACUCAUGCUGACCGCUCGAGUCUGUCCAGCUGGAACCCUUUGUCUACCCGGCCAGCAACUGCCACCAGAUAUAUUCAAUAAAUGCCCCAAGGGUCAUUACUGCCCUGGAGCUGCAAUUCAUCCAGAGGCUUUGCCUUGCCCGAUAGGAACCUACAACCCAGAUCUUGGCAUCAAGUCAGAAGCUGAAUGCCUGGAGUGUUUGCAAGGGAGAUAUUGUGACGAGGAAGGCUUGGCUGAAACCAAGGAGUGUCCCCCUGGCUAUUACUGUGUGGCUGGCAGUAAGUAUGCACUCCCCUGCCCCCUGGGGACCUUUAACAGUAUCAGUGGCUCCACAAACAGCAGCUAUUGUAUCAGAUGUUCUGGUGGAAGGUACUGUGAUGGGUUAGGGCUGACGGCUCCCAGUGGGCUCUGUGAUGCUGGCUUCUUCUGCAAGGAGAGUUCACAGUCUCAGGCUCCUCUCAGUGGCACCCUGGGGGACCUGUGUCCACAAGGAAGCUACUGUCCAACAGGAUCCACUCUCCCAACAGCUUGUCCCAUGGGGACGUACAGUAAAUCCAUUGGAGCUAAAAGCAUCAGUGAAUGUCUGCCUUGUGACCCAGGGUACUUUUGCAUCGCUGCGGAUAUUGGGACUUCAACUGCCAUGUUUUUGUGUGCUGCUGGGUACUACUGCACAGGAGGCGCAACCACUGCAAUACAACACGCAACACCAGCAGGUCACUACUCUGAACCAGGUGCUACCAAACCAGAGCCUUGUCCAAAAGGAGAGUACCAACCCCUGAAUAACUCAAACUUUUGUCUCCCCUGUCCUCAGGGCUUCUACUGUGACAGCACUGCUACGGUUGAGGACACAAAGAUCAUCUGUCCCAAAGGUCACUUUUGUCCCGAAGGUAGUUCUCUACCAACGCCUUGCCCUGUUGGCCAUUAUCUUGAUGAAACUGGUCAGAUUGAGUUAGGGGCCUGUAAUCUGUGUACGGAAGGUUUUGCAUGCACUGAGAGUGGCCUGGCACAGCCAGUGGUCAAAUGCCAUGCUGGACAUUACUGCCAAAAAGGUACUGACACAUCCACUCCUGUCGAGAAAUCUUUUGGUGACCUCUGUCCGGCUGGUUAUUUCUGUCCAGAGGGGACAGCUUAUUUCAGCCACCAUCCCUGCCCUAACGGUACCUACAGUGCCUUCACUGGAGGACAGGAUGAAAGUCACUGCCUUAGUUGUGAUCCAGGAAUGGUGUGUAAUGGAACAGCACUAACGACACCUAUAGGACUGUGUGCACCAGGAUACUACUGCAUUGGUGGCAGCAGUAGUGCAAGGCCUGUGAAUGAUGUCGCCACAGGGGGUGUUUGCAAGAUAGGCUACUACUGUCCUGAAGGUUCAGCAACAUCUCAGCAGUGUCCCCCAGGGUCAUUCUCCAAUGUGACUGGACUGUCCACCUGCUGGCCGUGCCCUGCUGGCUAUUACUGUGAGCUGGACACUAGUGUGGAAGAGUACAUAGUUCCUAGACUCUGUCUGCCGGGACAUUAUUGCCCGAAGAGUGCAGCCAUAGAUAUGCCAAAAUGUCCACCAGGAACUUACAGUAGUAGUUAUGGUUUAUCCUCUGAGAAUGAGUGCCUUCCAUGUCCUGGAGGAUUCUACUGCUUCAAGCAUGGUGCCACGGGGUAUGAUCCGCUCGCAAACAUCUCUCAGUCUGGGGUGGCUAUGUGUGAGGCAGGGUACUACUGUAAAUCUGGUGCCAGCAGUGGAACUCCAACACCUGACAUCAGCACUGGUCAAGGAGGUCCUUGCCCUACUGGUCACUACUGUCCAAUACAGACAGAGGACCCAGUACCAUGCCCCAGCGGGACCUACAGGGAUACCCCUUUGGCCAAAGCUGUAGUGGAUUGUGUCCAAUGUCCCCUGGGGAUGUACUGUGCCAGGACUAACCUCAGCCACCCCCAGGGACCCUGUGACCCUGGCUUCUACUGCUUAAUAGGAAGCAACACUUCAUCUCCCACUGGGGAAGACCCCACCCAGGGGGCACCUUGUCCUGUUGGUAACUAUUGUUCAGGAGGCACGUCCACCCCCCUGAGCUGCCCAUCUGGUACUUAUAACAACCUUACUGGUCAAAGCACUUGCAUGUCCUGUCCAGAGGGAUUCUACUGCCCAGAAAAUUUAACAUCCUAUGAGGAAUACCUGUGUCCUGUUGGUCACUAUUGUCCAGAAGGGACUGGCCAUGCCUAUGAGUACAAGUGUCCUAAGGGAUACUUCAGGAACACUACUAUGGGAGAGAAGUUAGCUGAUUGCUAUCCGUGUCCUGGGGGAUAUUACUGUGCAGGGGAGGGACUGACUGGACCAACUGGACUCUGUAGUGCAGGCUAUUUUUGUGUCCGUGCUGCAUGGUCUUCUGAACCAUCUGACUAUGACAACUACACCACCGGGGACUGUCUUUGUCCCUCCACGGUGACAGGGGGAGAGUGCCAGCCAGGGUAUUACUGUCCCCAGGGGUCAUGGGAGCCCAUCAGCUGCCCUGGGGGAAAGUACUGUGCCAGACCAGGUCUCUCUGAGGUCACAGGAUCAUGUAGAGCAGGUCACUACUGUGUCCUUGCUGCAUCCCGCCCAGAUCCUAUAGAUGGGGUCACAGGUAACAUAUGUCCCACUGGUCACUACUGUCCAAAUGGCACCAGUGUCCACCAGCCCAGCUGUCCAGUGGGGACCUAUUCCAAUAGAACUGGACUCCAGACCAUUGCCCAGUGUAUGCCCUGUUUACAGGGUUACUACUGCGAUAAGGAAGGCUUGAGUACACCUGGUUCCUUAUGUGACCCAGGCUAUUACUGCCUUUCCGGUCAAAAUUCCAGUGACCUACACCAUUGCAGCCCUGGUCACUUUUGUCCACUUGGAAGUUACGAGGAACAAGAAUGUCCCAGUGGUCAGUAUCAGGACCUGUAUGCCCAGGGUAGCUGUAAGGCUUGCAGACCAGGCUUCUACUGUGAUGCCACCUAUGGUCCAGUCUCUAACUUCAGCAGCUAUUCCUGCCCCCCAGGAUACUACUGUGUCAGUGGCACAGAGUGGAGCACACAGUACCCAUGUCCUGCAGGUACGUAUAACCCACAUAGCAAUCUGGAGAGUGCUCAGCAGUGUAUGUCUUGCGAUGCUGGAAAAUAUUGCAGUACUCCUGGAAGAAACAACACAGAAGGAGAAUGUUUGGAAGGAUACUGGUGCAAGUCAGCAGCGAUCUCUCCAACUCCAACAGAUGGCAGCACAGGCAUGCCCUGUCCAAGAGGUCACUACUGCCCAAGAGGAACCCCAGGACCCAUUCCAUGUCCUCUGGGGUACUGGUCUAACAGCACUGGGAGAUCACGUCUAGAGGACUGCCAACCAUGCACGGCAGGCCAUCACUGCAACCAGACAGGACUAAGUGUCCCAUCAGGCCUCUGUGAUGCAGGGUACUUCUGCGUAACCCUGGUCACCAUGGCAACACCCAAUGAUGGCGUCCAUAAAGGCAACAUCUGUCCCCCUGGUCACUAUUGUCCAGAGCCUGGGACAGUCAGUCCUAUUCCUUGUCCUGUGGGAUUCUAUGCAUCCAGCAAUGGGUCUGUGAAGUGUGAAGUGUGUCCAGUGGGGCAUUACUGUGUGGAUGGUGUGGAGCCAGUGACGUGCCCGCCCAGAUUUUAUUGUGCUAUUGGAACUGGCUAUGUACAUCGCUCUUGUGCUAACUACAUAGAUGAAUGUGUGAAAGGAGGACAGAAUUGCAUAGACAGUAGUGCACAGUGCUCUGGAACAGGGGAGGACUUUGAGUGUUCUUGUAAAUCAGGCUACACUGGGGAUGGCUUUGCUUGUAUUGACAUUGAUGAAUGCUUGGUGGACCGAGGAGGCUGUGACAAGAAUGCUGACUGCAUCAACAUGCUGAGCAACCACUCCUGUGUUUGUAAAGUGGGGUAUUCUGGAGAUGGGUUCACAUGUGUGGAGAUCAAUGAGUGCUCCGUCAACAAUGGUGGCUGUGCCAGUGACGCUACCUGCACCAAUACAGAGGGAAGUUUCAUCUGUACAUGUCAUCCAGGUUACGCAGGGAAUGGCUUUACAUGUGAAGACAUCAAUGAAUGUGCUGUCAACAAUGGUGGCUGUGCAGCUGAUGCUGACUGUACUAACACUCUUGGUAACUUCACCUGUACUUGUCAUACUGGCUUCACUGGAGAUGGAAUUGUCUGUGAUGACAUCAAUGAAUGUUUAUUUAACGACAGCUGUCAUGCCAGUGCAUUAUGUAAUAAUAGUGCUGGCAGCUUCUCUUGUUCCUGCUUGGAUGGAUUUUCAGGAGAUGGUUUUUACUGUGAGGUGGAUGAUGGAGGUUGUGAUGAGAAUGCCAUGUGUGCCAACAGCAUUGGCAGCUUCACCUGCUCAUGUAACAUGUUCUUCAGUGGGAACGGAUUUUCCUGUUUAGACAUUAGCCAGUGUUACCGUGGUAACAUAACAUGUGACGACAAUGCUAUGUGUGUAGAUACUGGAGACAGCUUGGACUGUGUUUGCAAUAUUGGAUUCCUGGGAGAUGGCUACACCUGUCAUGUCAUUGGUGGUAAAAUGAAGUUUAUUAUAUUUUCAUGUGUUAUAAAGAGUUAUUACUUUUAA